AUGUUUGUUGUUGUUCGAUGUAUCCUGAUAAAUAUUUUUUCUGUGCUUUAUAUAACAAGUGAAUUAAGUUAUAUUGAAGUAAAAUAUCCGUUACGGGGCGAACCGUCACCCCCUAAUGCUGUGUGGCCGCAUCCUCAACAAAUACAAGUGACCGGUACAGGUUUAUUGUACCUUAAACCAAAACAAUUGACAAUCAAUUCGAAUUUGGAUGAAUGUAUCAUAAUAAAAAGUGCGAAACAACGUUAUGAAAAUAUAUUUUUUCCACCCACAUUUACUAUUGUUAAUCCACCGUCAAAUGAGGGUAUACUUGAAAGUUUAACAUUAACAGUUGAAAACAAAGUUUGUGAAGAAUCUUUAACAUUAAUGUCAGACGAAUCUUAUAAACUAACUAUCAAAGACAAAAAAGCUGAUAUUGAAGCGACAAAUGUAUGGGGUAUAUUGCGUGGUAUCGAAACAUUUUCUCAACUAUUGUUUAUUAAUAAUGAUAAUCAACUAGUAGUGAAUGAUACGGUAACAAUUAUUGAUAGUCCAAGAUUUCGUCACAGAGGUCUAAUGUUAGAUACAGCUCGUCACUUUCUUCCAGUUCCAAUAUUGAAAAAAAAUUUGGGUGCAUAUUCACAAGAUCAUGUUUAUACGCUUAAAGAUGUCCAGGAAAUAAUUGAAUUUGCUCGACUUCGAGGUAUUAGAGUAAUUCCAGAAUUCGAUACGCCAGGUCAUACGUUUUCAUGGUCAAAAAGUCAUCCAGAUAUCGGAUUAAUACCUGUAGUUUGGCAAGAUGUCUGGGAUGAGCAUGUCAAAUUGCCAAGUGAUACGAUAAUUCAAAUUUGGAAAGAUGAAAGUAUUAGUGCUGAAUUUAAUAGUUGGGCAUCAUACUUAAAUAAAGCAGCAUCAGAAGGAUAUAAUGUUAUUUUAUCUAGUCCAUGGUAUUUAAAUUUUAUCAGCUAUGGAAAAUAUAACACAAAUGACUCGGUGAUGAAUUUGGACUUUUUUAGAUAUUAUGAAGUAGAACCGUUACAAACGUUUUCAGGUAACGAUGCAGAAAAGCGGCGAAUACUUGGCGGCGAAGCCUGCCUUUGGGCAGAAUUUGUGGACGGAAGCAAUGUAAUUCCACGCUUGUGGCCCGUAGCCAGUGCUAUUGCUGAACGUCUAUGGAGUGAUCGAAGUGUGAAUAAUUCCGAAGAUGCACAGUUUAGAUUAGAUGUACAUCGUUGUCGAUUGUUAAGGCGUGGAAUUUCUGCUCAGCCGAUAUUGACCGGCUAUUGUGGAAAUUAUGAGCCUGAUCAUUUAAAAUUACCACCCGCAUGGGAAAUGGAUCCGUGGAUUUGUAAUCAUCAUGAUGGACGCCAUCAUCCUAAACAUGACCAUGCAACUACAGAGAAUACAAGUAAAAAAUUGUACCGAUCCGAAAUCAAACCAUUAUGGGAUUCAGAUUUAGAAUGGACUUGCCAACAUGGUAAACGAAGAACAGAUGGAACAAGUUUUGUUAAAUAUAAUACAGAAUCAAAUGAGCAUCGACAUCCGUCCGGUCGUGCAAGAACUAAACGUCUCAUACCCCAUUCUUUAUCAAAAGUACUUCCUUCCUCAUAUCGACAUGGUAUUGAUUACACGAAUCGAAAAUCUGACAUACGGACACCGCUAAUUAUCCCCAAAAUGUCGGCAAAAUCUCGUGAACGAUGGUUAAGAGUUCAUGCUGCUUAUCUAGGAAAAUGGCCGUAUCGCACGGUACAAGAGAGAAAAGCGCAUAAACGCAGAAAGGUGAAAAAGUGUAAUGAAAGACCAAAGCACUUUUCCCAUUCGGAAUAUGAUGCUACAUCGUCCGCUAUUUCUCGAUGGGAAUCGGAAGAUGAACGUUUUCAACAACAAUUACGCGUAUUACCUAUGUUGUCUGGCACCGCACAUUAUGUGUCACAUUUAAAAACAAUGGAUAUUGAUAAACUUAGUACAUCGAGUAGUCAACAGGGUUUAGUUAAACAGAAAAGAAAGCGACGUGGACGACCAAAAACAGCUUAUAAUAGAAUUGUUAGUCAAAUAGAACCAUUGCCAAAUCGACCGAGCACAGGUUAUGAAACAGAAGAUGAACGAAGAAGAAGGUUAACACGACGUACUAGUUGGUUAAGUUCAUCGGACACGAAUAUUACCACAACAAAAUCAAAAAUACGUAUUAAAAGUGGUUUAUUAAAUCAUCUGAAAGUAUUUGUUCAGCCACAAUCACAAUCACUGAGUCGAACCUCGUUAGCCACAACAAUUCCAUCCAUUAAUAGUCAACGAAAUAUAGAAUCGUCAAUAUUAAAGAAGAAACCAAUAACAAUAAAUAUAAUUCGAGAUGAUUUUGAUGAUAAAUAUGUUGGCACUGAAAUAGCUAAAUCUCAUCAUCAACGUCAACAUGUUAAAAUAUAUGAUGUUCGUGACCAAUGUAUUCAAGCUGAUAUUGCGCGUCCGUAUUUUGAUUUAAAUUAUGAUUACGAUGAUAAGAUGAUAGGUACAGAAUGUUAUUAUGAUAAAAAAAUUCGAUCACCUAAUACCACUCACGCUGAUAAAUCGAUAGAAACAGGUGAAGAUUUUAUUCAACAUAUUUCAAUAGACAACAAUUGUUCUUCAUUAUCUUCUUCAAAAGAUAAAACGAAACAAAAGAUAUUUGAAUCAGACAAUAACGAAAAAAGAAAUUUGUUCAACAAUAAUAACACAUCUUCCGAUAAGCAAGGUCAAAGUGUUCAACAUAAAAUGUCGAAAAAUGCAAAUAAGAAUAAAAAAAAUAGCAAUUCGACAACAAAUAGUCAAGAUAUUUUAUCAAAAAAUGAACAAUAUAAUGUUAAUAAUGGUGGCGAUACUAAUAGUAGAGGACAAAUAUUACCAUUAAAUGAUAUAUUUCAUACAACAUCAAAUUAUUUGGAUGAUAAUGAUAAAAAAAAUGUAAAUGCACAUGAACAAUUUAGAAGAUUUAAUAAAUUAUCAAGAGAAAGACGAAUAUUAACAUGGUUAUUAACAAUUUUUUCAUGUAUCAUGAUUUGUCUAUUUAUUGGCAUUUUUUUAUUGGCAUUAGCUUUUCAUGGACAAUCAAAGGUUAUCAAUGGUAAUAGCACCAGUAUUGGGAAUGAUGGUGGAGCAACUAUUAAGAUUGCUACAUCAACUCGUUCAACGAGGACAACAACAAGUACUACUAUUCGUAGUACAAGCACAAUUUUUAUUUCACCUAUUACAACUACUAUAAUCACUACUACGAUUACAACAACUAGACUGCCUGGUAAAUUUGGGGAACCAUGUGAUACGGAGAGCGAUUGUAGAACGCCAUUUUUAUGUGACAAAAAAUCCGGUGUUAAAACAGGCGUCUGUCGAUGCCCAUUAAAUUAUGAUUUUACAAAAACUGGUUGUGUUGGAGGAAUUAAUGCUGAAUGUAUAAAAGACUCUGAUUGUCAACGAAAUAUGUUGUGUACUCCAACAUCUUCGACUGAAAUUCGACAAUGUGAAUGCAAGACACGUUAUUUUUACGAUUAUGAUACAAAACGGUGUAGAGGAGACUUUAAUGCACCAUGUGACACAAACGAUGAUUGUUUAAGAAAUGGUGUUUGCAACAAAAGUGGAAAGCAAUCAUAUUGUGAUUGUACCGAACAUUAUCAAUAUUAUGUAGCUGUUCAAAAAUGUCUCGGAGAUCCUGGUGCAGUAUGUCAGAGAGAUAGCGAUUGUAUAGAUAAUGCUGAAUGUCCAAUUGGUAGUGGUCCAAUACAAAGGAUGUGCUCAUGUGCGAGACAAUAUGUUGAAGAUAAUUAUCGAAAAUGUGUUGAUCCGUGUCCAACUUCGACUGUGCAACUAAAAAUAGUUCGUCAUCCAGGAAAUUGUAAAAGAUUUGUUGAUUGUGAACACAAACGAAAAGAUGAAUGUCCAGGUAAAUCAUUUUUUAGUCUCAAAUUACAGAGAUGUGUGCCAGAAUUUUCGCAAGCCGAAUGUGAUUAA